UUUGCAUGUUCUCCCUGUGCCUGCAUGGGAUUCCUCUGGGUACUCUGGUUUCCUCCCACACUCCAAAGACAUGCUGGUAGCGGCAGGGGCGGACUGACAACUCAUGGGCCCCCCGGGCAAUAGGGGAUCAUGGGGCCCCCGUGUCCUCGUCCACACUCAAACCACACCCACAAAAGCCUAUGAAAGGUACCAGGGGCAACUCAUGGGGCCCCCUACUGACCCCGGGCCCUCGGGCAGUGCCUGAGUGCCCAAAUGGUCAGUCCGCCCCUGGGUGGCAUUCAGGUGAGUG